UAUAGGACUAGUACGGUACGUAUUCCCCGUGAGUCUAAAUAAUAUCCGAUACCUUACUACGGUCCCGUCUGAAGGUUGUGCCUUGCGUCACCUUGCAACAGAGAGAGAGAGAGAGAGAGAGAGAGAGAGAGAGAGAGAGCGCAUCCUGGCAACCAACCGCCUCGUGUACGAGAACGUCAAGGGCGUUCUUCACCUGUUGCCACCACCACUACUACUUCCGAACCGCUGAUCACGGAUAGGUGCCGCCGCUCAGCAACAUCUUCCCUCUGCACACCCGUACCGUUCUCUCGGGACACAGCCAUCCUUGACCUUGACUACUACGGGGCCCGGGCUCUUUGCGCACCCCCCUUCGUAAAGCUGGCAGUCGUGACGCCUACAUCGCCUUUACCGCGGCAUUCCCCGCCGCCCGGUCCGGGACGUCUAGGGCUGGGUUCGACGUUCAUGUUCAGGGGCCUGCGAGGAGGGAUCCCUGCCGCAUGGAGCGGCUGGUUUGUCUCGCCUCCGCGUACAACUGUUGCUGAGCUCAAGCCGUCAGAGGAGGGAAACGCAACACCUGAUUCGACGGCACCUGAAGACCGCCAGGCAUCAUCAUCAAAGGGGAAACGCGGUAUCCCGCAACGCAGAAGACGAGGGUGCGACGCGGGUAGAGGAAACGUGCCUGCUGCUGCCCUGAGUAUGAGGACCAUUCGGAAGACCAUUCUGGGGUGGAUAGAUCGCGCUGUUGGCAUCGACGGUGGGGAUCGGCAAGCUUCGGCCGGCAGGAAUACCAACGGCACCGUGUCAACAACAACAGUUAAAUCGCGAUCGGGGUACGCCAAUGGAGGCCGCAUAGCCCUGCGUUGUCUUCUCGUGACCUGCGUCUACGCGCUAUGCCUAGCACUGAAGAAUGCGCACCUUCUCUACAUCACGUUACACGCCGGUACACAGAUCAGCGGCCUGCCGAGCCGGUCGACGCUGAGCGUCCUGAUGGGCCGGGAUGUCAUCACCGCCGCCCUUCUGGGUGUAUGCCUUCGCCAGCUGGGACGGAGGAACUCUGUUCCAAGGCGGAUAUGCAUGGCUGUCAUGGGGUUGGCGGCAGUGGGCGAGCCGUUCACGAACGCGGUCAUGUCCAUCUCGUCCAGCUGGGCUGCAGAAGAUCGUAUGGACCAUACCGCUGUUGUCGACGAGUCAGGGCCGGCGUUCGCCUCAACAAGGAUGGUGCGAUACAUCACCAUUGUCGGUCGCAGCUUUCUUGAUACUGUGCUGCGACAAAGGUCUUGGGCACCCGUGACGGGCGUCAUUCAUGGCGGGACUGCUUAUCUCUCGUCGCCAGCCUUGACCCUCUCGUCAGUGCCAACACUUAUCAUCCUGUACGUCCUCUUGAAACAAGCAGACGAAGCCGAAGACGCGCCCCCGCGCGUGACAGAAAUUGCUUCAACGGUGUCGAUCAGCGAGAACGUCGAAGACAAGCCCGCCGAAAAACCCAUCUCGAACGGAUCACUGACCGAUCUCAACAUCACCUCCGCCGCCUCUGUAACAAAAGCCUUGGGGGAGACGACGCCACGUGCGUCCCGAACAUCCCUCUGGGCCACCGUCGCGACGGCCCAGGAACACAAUGCGUGGAGGGAAGGCACGGAGUAUUUCGCGAGGGAGUUGAUGAGCUCGGCGUUGGCGGCCAAAUGCGCGAUUGACCAUGUGCAUGUGCAUCCCGUGAUGCAUGAGUACUAUAUGCAUUUUGUCACGUUCAUAUCAGCGGUAGACACAGCAAUCGACAACGUCGAGCACCUCGCCUGGCAACUCGAGCACUACGACUCCACCGACAACCUCAUGAAGCGCGACGGCGGGUCCAUGGUCAAACGCCUCCUCACCAAGGUCCUCUUUGACCCCUCCGACGUCAACGAGCGUGUCGGGGACGCGGUCGCGAAUUUGGCGGAUGAGAAGGGGAUUGAGCUGACGAUACAUAAUACGGUGCAGAGGGGGACGUUGCCGGAGUUGUUCUUGGUGGUCGGGGAUGAGGAUUUUUUGAGGCAGCUUUUGUUGCAGAUCUUAUACCCGAUCAUCGCGAAUGCUGCGGAAUAUACCCUGGUGGAUGUCACGCUCGACAUGCCACCGCCAUGGGCGGUGAAGGACGAUGCGAAACAGACGGAUUCGAAGAUGCCCCGCAAGUAUCAUGUUGAUCUCACGUGGCAGUUUACAUACCAAGUCUCCGACGAGUCCGGCACCCCCAUGCCCCUCAUCUACAACGACUACGUCCGCAACCUCCUCCACGAGCUCGGCGGACAAAUCAGAGGCCCCUUCCCCGUCCCCAACGCGGGCGUCAACACCCAAUCCGUCGAACUCUCCUUCAAAAUGGAAUCGGUCCGUUACCGCAAGGACAUUGCAAAGAGCAUGGGUCUCCGCUUGUCGAAGCCGAUGGCGUACCGCCAGGUGGAGGAAUUGUUCCAUUUUGCGGAGACGUUGAAGGAUUUUAGGGUUACUGUGCUGGCGCCGUGUCGGAGUACUUUUACGGGGAAUGUGGUGCAGUAUUUGGAGAGUUGGGGGAUGGAUUUGACUUGUGAGUUCAACAUGCGGCGUAAUGUUCGGGCUGGAUUCUUAAGAGAGCAACUGCCUGAAUGAUGUACCUGUGAUUGACAGAUGUCGCCACGGAAGACAUGGACGUGAUCCCCACCAUCCUCACCCAACUCGACGAAAGCAACCCCAACCACGCCCGCGACUCCCACCUCCAAUUCCUCCGUAGCCUCAUUAUUAUCAACGACGAUUUCGG